AUGUUGCUACGCUACACUUUUCAGUAUCCCAGACGCCAAAGCAGCAGUGAGUUGCGUGAACAGAUAUUAGACCUAAGUAAAAGAUAUGUCAAAGCACUUGCAGAAGAAAAUAAAAAUUUAAUGAAUGGUGGCAGUGGAGCUUCUAUGGCAGGAUAUGCUGAUCUUAAGAGAACAAUUGCUGUUCUUCUGGAUGACAUCUUACAACGCCUGGUGAAAUUGGAAAGCAAAGUUGAUUACAUUGUUGUGAAUGGCUCAGCAGCAAAUACCACCAAUGGAACUAGCAAUCAAGUGCCACUGUCUUCAAAUAAACGUGUAAAUGCAGCAGGCAACAUUAGAUAG